AUAUUAUGAUAAUUUCCCUAUAUAUUUUGUAUAUUUAUUAUUAAUUUAGUAAAUAAAGGCAAAAUAGUUAGGUCACGCAGGUCAAGUUCACGCCGCCUCUCACCCUCUCGUCUCGGCCUAUCAUCUCACGCCGUCGUCGCUGUUCAAUCGUCUCUCCUUCUCAGUCUCCGGCGGUCAUCUCCGAUCGUCUCCACUUCUCAGAAGUCUCCGAUUGUCGCUCGCGCUUGGCUCUCCCUCACCAUUGCGUUGUUGUGUUGCCGCUGGCUACGAUACCUUGUUGUGUACAACUCAUCCUCGAGGACAGACCAAUCGGAUUAUUUUCUCAAGUCCAGUUAUGGAGGACAUAGAGCAACAACACCAAAAUAAAACCAAACACAAGGGGAAGCAUGACAAGCCGAAGCCAUGGGAUGAGGAUCCUAACAUUGACCGUUGGAAGGUUGAGAAGUUUGAUCCCUCUUGGAAUGAAGCUGGUAUGCUCGAAGUCAGCUCUUUCUCUACUCUGUUUCCCGUGUACAGAGAAAAAUAUUUGCGAGAUACAUGGCCAGUUGUGAAGUCUGCACUGAAAGAGUUUGGUAUUGUUGGUGAACUGAAUCUGAUUGAAGGAUCAAUGACAGUUUCAACAACUAGAAAGACUAGGGAUCCGUAUAUUAUUGUCAAGGCAAGGGAUCUGAUCAAGCUUUUGUCAAGAAGUGUUCCUGCUCCUCAGGCAAUAAAAAUACUGGAUGAUGAAAUGCAAUGUGACAUUAUUAAGAUUGGGAACUUGGUGCGCAAGAAGGAACGAUUUGUUAAAAGAAGACGCCUUCUUGUGGGCCCAAAUUCAUCAACCUUAAAGGCCCUUGAAAUAUUGACAGGAUGCUAUAUUCUUGUUCAGGGCAACACAGUUGCUGCGAUGGGUUCAUUCAAAGGUUUGAAGCAAGUUAGGAGGGUAGUGGAAGAGUGCAUGAUGAAUAAAAUGCAUCCUGUAUAUAAUAUUAAGAUUCUCAUGAUGAGGAAAGAGCUUGCUAAUGAUCCAGCACUUGCAAAUGAAAAUUGGGAUCGAUUUCUUCCCAAAUUCAAGAAGAAAACUGUUAAACAAAAGAAGGUCAAGAGUAAACCAAAGAAGCAGUACACACCUUUCCCUCCUCCUCAGCAACCUAGCCAGAUUGAUAUACAAUUGGAAACUGGAGAAUACUUCUUAAAUGAAAAAAAGAAGUCAGCAAAGAAAUGGCAGGAUAAGCAGGAGAAGCAGGCAGAAAAAACUGCUGACAACAAGAGAAAAAGAGAAGCUGCCUUUGUUCCUCCUAAGGAGGCACCGAAGCAGGAUACAAAACCUGAUGGAGAUAAAAAUGAUAUUGCCGAAAUGGCUAAAUCCUUGAAGGAAAAGGCUAAGGCAUUUGGAAAACGAAAAGCUGCGGAAACUAUCAAUCCGGAAGCUUAUAUUGCAUCAUCCAGCGAUCGGCCACUUUUCAAGAAGAGAUCCAAGACAUCGUCGUAGAAGUUGGUAAGUAUACUGUGAGGGGAGCGAGCUUCAACCCUUGUAUAUGAAAUUACCAAAGGUUCUAGGUCUUUUUGUAUCACUUCAUUUUUUGUUUUGUUACAUGUCGGAUUAGACUCCGUUUUUAUAAUGAGAAAAUUUUGAGUCUUAUUAUUCACUGUG